CGACUAGGUAGUAUAUUGUGUGUUGCUGAAUGGGCUGGUAGUAUCAAAAUGGCAUCGUUGAAAGCUCUGAUUUUGUUUCUAAUUGGUGUGACCGGUUCUCAGGCUGGAAUCUGUCAAGAUGUGUUCAAGAAUCCCAAUGUGACGGGUCCAUUUUUCAAAGUGUCCGAGCCGCAGGGUAUCGAAGUAUAUUUCCCAAAACGUGACGUCAAACAGGAGAUGUUCGGUAUAAAGAUAUACAAAAAUCAAGAUUUGAGAAGGAAGAAUAUAAGCUGUGAUCUGUGCGUUAACACGACAAAUGUAGAAGAUGGUUGUUUUAAAAUAAAGAGCACGACGCUUGCCGUCAAGACGGGAGACGUGUUGAAGUAUGUGAUGCUGGGCAAACUGUCGGAAAGUCCGACCAUACUUGUGUCGAAUGCCCAAAGCACAGAGUUCACAGAUUAUGUAAUUCCGGCCAACUGCAACUGCCGUGAAUCUUCCGGUGGAUACUGCUCCAAGGCUUCGAGCAAAAUCACCGAUUAUCGACCCUUGUUCGUGUUCCAUGAAUCCACCGGGUUUGCCGUUUACCUACCGAAGGCUAUGUCUACAGCAGUUGCCGGUAUGCAGGCGCUUAAAAACGCUAACUUCCGUCGAGGAGACAAGCAAACAUUUGAUUUGGAUAUUGAAUCGUUUGCGGAGCGAAAGGGUUGUUUCGUUUACGAAGCAACGGCACCCAUGCUGAGGUUUGGUUUGGGAGAUCACUUGAAUUUCAUUGUGACCGGCAAGAAAACCGGUGGUGAGAAGAUCCGUACCGAUCCAAGAAAAGUGUUUGUGCAUGAUUAUUUCAUUCCCGUGGGCUGUACCUGCCCGUCAGAGCCGUUGAAAACGGUCAAAGCCAAACCGAUCAACUUGAUCUGAAACUAGCGCCUAUUCACUGGGGUUUCCGGCGGGCGAUAGGCUAACAUUCACCCUCAACACAAACAACCGGAAAAGCGCCUUAUUCACGAUGCGACGAUACCAACAACCACAAAUAGCCGACAGUUUCGCAUUAUCGGCUCACGCAGCAGAAGCCAGUUUUCCAGCGAAUUGUCAACUCAUUUAUCAAAUUUCAAUCAUCCAUUUUCGCUGGCUCGUGAAGAUGAGUUUGCGUACAGUCAUUUUCGGAGAAUAAAUAUUCCGAGGUGGGCGGACUUUCGUGAUGAAUCUGGAAAA